GAUGGGAUGGGGUGCAGAUCCACAGUGCGCAUGGGUAUCUAUUGUCCUCUUUCUUGUCGCCUCACACCAACCGCCGGACCGACGCCUACGGUGGCAGCCUGGAGAACCGACGAUCGCUACUGCUGAAAAUCGUCGAGACCAUCCGGAGCCGUGUAAGUUCGAGCUUCGUGGUGAUGGUCAAGUUGAACUCGGCAGACUUCCAGCGCGGAGGUUUCUCCGAAGAGGAGUCCCUCCAAGUGCUCAAAGCCCUUGAGGACACUAAGUCUAUUGACAUGGUCGAGAUCAGUGGUGGCACCUACGAGAAGAUGGAGGCAAUGCAGACGGUGAAGGAGAGCACGCGACAACGUGAGGCCUUCUUCCUGGACUUUGCCAAGAAAGCCCGUGACACUACUUCUAUUCCCCUGAUGCUCACGGGUGGCUUCAGCUCAGUGAGGGCUUGGCCGCAGAAGCCUGGGAUCCAGCGUCGCUCCCAAGGCAUUCGGCCGUGGCCUUCGCCCGGAAAGGCGGCGAAGAUCGGUGGGCGCAUUGCCUUCGUGGACUUCUGGCCCGGUUUCGAGGAGAACACCGACAGGUGGUUCUGCAAAGACUGGUUCAGAGCAAACUUGCCGGGUGUCGAGGUUGUGGAAGCCCACGAGCGCCCGGACGUUGUUAUGUGCAGCCUGUUCGGCAGAUCUCGCUUGCGAUAUCUGCAGUAUGGCUCCACAGCCAAGCUUGUAUUCUUCACAGGUGAGAAUGUACGACCGCCUGUCGGCCGAGUCCCUCUUUGCAUUUCCUUCGACCACAUGGAAGAGGUCCCCCCAACUGUGCACAUGCGGAUCCCGCUGUGGAUCUUCAACAAGGAGGUCCAUGACGUUCUGGAGAUUCAUGAAGCCCGGCGCAGCAGCAACCUGAACUCCACCGUGCACAAGCGUGCCGGCUUCUGCAGCUGGGUGGCUAGCAACGCUACAAUGUACAAUGCCGAGUUUCGAACCCGGUUUGUUCAGAUCCUCUCCAGCAGGUACCACAAAGUUGCUUGUGGUGGCGAAGUCAUGAACAAUGUCGGAGGGCCAAUCAAGGACAAAAUGGAGUUUUUGCGCGGCUACCGGUUCAACAUUUGCUUUGAGAACGCUUCUCAUCCGGGGUACUGCACCGAGAAGCUUCUGCAUGCGUUUGCAUCAGAGUCUAUUCCGAUCUACUGGGGCGAUCCGUCUUGCUCCAGCAAAGGCACGGGCAUCAGUGAUUUCAACACUGACGCAUUCAUCAGUGCGCAUGACUUCGAGGACACGGCUCAGCUCAUAAAGUACAUUGCAAGGGUGGACCAAGAUCCGGUUCUGUUUGAGUCAUACCUGCGACAGCCCAUACUUUCCGAAAGCUGGUACCGUCGCUUGAAGGAUUGGACUGCCAUGAAUGAGGCGUUGAGCAGUGGUGCUGUGGACGUUAUCGGCCUAGCACGCCCUCUUUGUACAGAAGCUUGUGGGCCCCGGAUGCUGCUGCAAGGCGAAUUGGAUACCCUGAAGCGCCAUGCGCCUGUCAUUGGUAUCAGGUACAUCGACAAUUCCUUGGGGGCUGCCCUCAACAAUUUGUGGCAUGGAGCGCACAUCCACAACCUGGGGAAGGGCCUCCCUGUGAAGCCCGCGAAGCUGAACCCCAGCCUUUGGAAGAUGAUCCUCCUGGACAUGACCUUCGUCUAUGUGUGGGAUCCCAAGCGAAAUCCCUCGAAGACUCGAUGCCUUCUCGCCCUCCUUUGCUUUGCUGUCCUGGCUGCAACAG